AUGUCCUCCAUUAUUCUUACUCAGACACCAUCAGUACCACGACGCCUACUGCUCCUCCUACAGCUCUCGUUUCUGCUCCUCCUCAGCUCCGCCAGCAAUGCUGUCACGCCGGCUGGGGUGCCAUGCCGGCCAGACCAGGCGGCCGCGUUGCUCCGGCUGAAACGCUCAUUCGCCGUCACCAGCAACUCCGUCACCGCCUUCCGGUCAUGGCGGGCCGGCACCGACUGCUGCGGCUGGGAGGGCGUUGGCUGCGCCGCCGGCGCCGGCGCCAACAAUGGCCGCGCCGUGACAUCCCUUCAUCUGGGUGACUGGGGCUUGGAGAGUGCAGGCAUCGACCCUGCACUCUUCGAGCUAACCUCUCUGGAGUAUCUAAACCUCGCCUAUAACAACUUCGGUGGGUCAAAGAUUCCUUCUGAUGGAUUUGAGCGUCUCAUCAGGCUCACACAUCUGAAUCUUUCCAGCUCUGGAUUCACCGGACAGGUGCCAGCCAGCAUCGGCAACCUGACGAGUUUGGUAUCACUCGACCUUUCCACUUAUUUCAUGAUCGUGGAGAUACCCGAUGAUGCUUAUGAGACGCUUAUAUCUCAAACUGCUAAUUCCAUAUGGCUCAUAGAGCCAAAUUUUGAAACCUUUAUCUCAAAACUCACAAACUUGAGGGAUCUCCACCUCGGCUAUGUGGACAUGUCCAACAGUGGAGCGCAGUGGUGUGAUGCUCUAGCCAAUUCCUCUCCUAAUCUUCAGUCUCUUGCUGCCCUUAACUUGCAACAUAACAAUCUGUCUGGUCCAAUCCCAGACUUCUUGUCAAACUUAUCCAAUUUGAGUGUUCUCCGACUUAACCAUAAUGAGCUUGAAGGAUGGGUUUCUCCGGCAAUCUUUGGACAAAAGAAUCUUGUCACAAUUGAUCUCCACCAUAAUCUUGGGAUCUCUGGACCGAUUCCAUCUCAACUCGGCCAUUUGAACCAGUUGGAGGCUUUGGACAUGUCCUCAAAUGAGCUUUCAGGAGUAAUUCCUCAGGAGCUAGCAUCCUUGGACUUCCUUGCAAUAUUGAACCUGUCAUACAAUAAGCUAGAGGGAAGAAUACCACCACAGUCACCUCAUUUCUCUACAUUCUCCAGCAUCUCAUUUCUGGGGAACAAGGGUUUGUGCGGCCUUCCUCUGUCGACAGGAUGCAGCAACACGACAUCUCUGAAUGUGAUCCCUUCUGAGAAGAAUCCUGUAGACAUCGUGCUAUUCCUUUCUGCUGGACUGGGAUUCGGCCUUGGAUUUGCCAUUGCAAUUGUAGUAGCAUGGGGAAUUCCCAUUAGGAAACGGUCCACAGUAAGGCAGAGAGCUCUCUGA